GUGCCACAUCCAGUUUUUUCCUUAAACACUUCUAGGGACGGUGACGCCAGCAACCUCUCUGGACAGUCCAUUCCAAAGUCUAAACACCCUUUCUGUGAACAAAUUGCUCUACCUAAUGUACACCUAAAUCUCCCCUGGCACAGCGUCAGACUAUGUCCUCUCGUCCUGUCGCUGGUUACCUGCGAGAAGAGGCUGACCCCCACCUGGCUACACCCUCCUUUCAGGGAAUUGUACAUAGUGAUAACGUCACUCUUCAAGAUUUUAAGCCUCUUCUCCUUAGAAAAUUCCGAGGCUCUCAGUUACCUUCCCUAGCAGUGCCACCAAGUGACGGGCCGGGGCAGCAGGCCGCGUUCCCCACGGCCGUGUGACGGCUUAGGGCGCGCCUCAGCUCCGGGCACAGCGCCCAGCUGAGCGCCACCACCCCUCCUUGCUCACGGCACAGUGAAAAAACGGAGCAUAAAAAAGAAAAAAUAAUCAUGUUUAUUAACAGCAACUCCCGGCAGGGCCCGCCCGCUCUGCCGGGCCCGCCCGACGACUAACGGUGUCCUGCCCCAGCCUCCGCCCCGGGGAGCGGCCGCGCUGCCACAGGGACACGGGGCAGGCCGGGCGGUGCCGCCCGGGGAUCCCGCUGCAGCGAGGGCUUCCAGCUGCGGGCGGCCCUGAGCCCUCUCUGUGCCCGGCGAGCCGCGAGCCGGUGCGGGAGGACCGCGGUGACAGCCCCGGCGAGCACCAUGCUGCCCACCCGGUUGUGCAUCAUGAGGAAGCUUCCUUCUGUUCUGGCUAGGACACUCACUUCUGGCACCAGUGCCUCCCCAGGGCUUCCUGACAUGUCUGAAGGACAGUCACCCAUUCAUGUGAAUAAUGUGCGGAGCAAAUUGAGGGAUAUAGUGGGAGCAUCUACCAACUGGAGGGAUCAUGUGCAAGCAAUGCAAGAAAGAAAAGCUCUCCAUACUUUACUGGCAAAACGGCAGGAAGAUCUCCCUCCUAGGAGAAUGAAGGAUAGCUACUUGGAAGUUAUUCUUCCUCUGGGAAGUCAGCCUGAAAUAAGAGAAAAAUACCUGAAUGUACACAACAGCGUAAGGUUUGGAAGGAUACUUGAAGAUCUUGACAGUUUAGGAGUUCUUAUUUGCUACACUCACACCAAGCAGGAAAUGCAGCAAAGGUCUCCUUUAUCCAUAGUUACAGCUCUGGUGGAUAAAAUCAAUUUGUGCCAGAAGAUUAUACAUCCAGACUGUGACAUCAAAUUCACAGGCAAUGUUUCUUGGGUUGGGAAGACCUCCAUGGAAGUGAGGAUGCACAUGCUGCAGCUACAUGAUGGUGAUUACAGGCCUGUGUUAGAUGCAACCUUCGUCAUGGUGGCCCGGGACCCAGAGAAUAAACGGCCAGCAUUUGUUAAUCCACUCAUUCCUGAGAGCCCUGAGGAGGAAGAAAUCUUCAAGCAAGGGGAAUUGAACAAGUUGAAGAGGAUUGAAUUCAGCACUGCUUCCUUACUGAAAAUGGCUCCCACUGCAGAAGAAAGAAACAUUGUGCAUGACAUAUUCCUUAAUACACUGGACACAAGGACAGUGAGUUUCCGGAGUCGUAAAUUACCACCCAAUUCAGUGUGGAUGGAAGAUGCAAAGCUGAAAGGCCUGCAGAUUUGCCAUCCUGAGGCACGGAACAUCUUCAAUAGGAUCUUUGGGGGUUUUCUCAUGAGAAAGGCAUUUGAACUGGGAUGGGCAACUGCUUGCAGCUAUGGGGGUUCCAGACCCUUUAUCGUAUCUGUUGAUGAUAUCAUGUUUCAGAAGCCAGUAGAAGUUGGAUCCCUGCUACUGCUUUCUGGACAGGUCUGUUACACAGAAAAAAACUACAUCCAAAUUCGAGUACACAGUGAAGUUUACAAUGCAAAUACCAGGGAGCACCAUACUACCAAUAUUUUCCAUUUUACAUUUAUAUCAGAAAAUGAGGUCCCACAAGUUGUACCUAAGACAUAUGGAGAGUCCAUGUUGUAUUUAGAUGGGAAGAGACACUUUACUGCAGUCAUGAAAGAAGUCUGACAGGCGCUGGGUGCUGCAGCAGCAGUGCACCAGCACGCUCUCUUGGCAAGAGCUGUCACUAGAGGUGGCUCAUGGACAGGUGCUUGUAAUACUCAAAGAAAAACCCAACAACCAACCAAGCCCAAACCAACCAAACCCAAACUCCACACCAAAACCUGCCUUUUCAGUACUCUUCAUGUAUUUGCAUAUAUUUGGAUUUUUUAUUCUUUACUGCUAGAAUUCAUUGAAAUCUUUUACAUGCAAAUGCCAGGAAAAGAGGCUGAAAAAAAUGCAGUCUGAGGCUUUGGAUAGACUCUCUUUACCUACUUUGAGAGAUCUCAUUGCAAUCUUUGCUGUCUUGUCAGCAUCUGCUGCUUUCCCCAAAGGAGUAGCUCUCCUUUGUGUUUCCCUGAUAAGGGAUAGAAGUUCUGUCAGAAAAAGGUGUGCAAAAGUAGAUACACAAAGGUGAAGCAAUUUGACCUCCAUUCUUGUGUAAAUUAGGUUAAGGGUCAUAAUUCUUCUUUGAACAAGGACACAUGCAUCUAAGCAGCAGCAGAGGCUCAGAAGUUACUAGUGUGUGCACAAUGGAAAGCAGGUGUUUCCCAUCACUGGGGAUUUUACCAGGUUAUUGCAGCUUCUGUUUGGAUGGUUUUCGUAUUGCCUUGGGAGGAAACUGAUUUUUGCAAUGAAAAUAGGUGGCUAGAUGGUAUUUUCUGGCACUCUGUGUCCUUGCCAGCCUCUUCUAAUUUUUUGUUUGUUUGAUUUGAGUUCCUUAGUGAAUUAUUUCUCAUGCCUUGGAGACUAGAGGUCUGACUGGUGAGACUGGGUGGGACUGGGAAAUGGCGUUGUAGAACAGAACAUUUUUGUUUAUUAAGGACUGGGAACAAAAAAGGUAAAAUGCUACCAAAUGCUAAUGGUGAUGUUUGGUGCUGCAGUUAGGGGUCCUGAGAAUCUGUGUGGAGCAGCUCCCAGGUCAGCCGAUGAAUGAUGGGAUCUUUAUCCCACUGAGGGGUGGUACAGUUAGAGGACAGUCUCCUCCUCAGCUGGAUUAUUUAUCUGUUCCCUUGGUGGACUGAAGUGCAGUACGAAUAUUGCACAGCUCUAAAAGUUGUCAAGUUUACCUGUGAAGGUCAGAGAACUUCCCCAGCACAGAGGAGACACCAUGGUGGUCAUAACUGUGGCAUAUAAGUAACAGAAACAGAGUACUUGGUACUGAAGUGCUUCUGAUGUAAUGGAGAAAGUUUUAAUUAUCUCAAUUGCUGGCACAUAAAGCCCAAUUUCUUGAAAUAAGGAAGCUGAGUGGAUGGGAGGCGUUAACUUUUAGCAGUGAGUAUGUCACAAGCAUGAAACUGCUUCUCUGGUACCUUCACAUCAAGAUUGAUAUCCUAACUGAUCAGGACACCCAAGGAGGAGUUGGGCUCGGGGAUUAAACAGAAAUGUGAUGUCUUACAAUACACAAGAAUGGAUUCUGGCUUCCCUGUGAGGUUUAAAAUCAUUUGAAAAGACGAUGCAGCAAAUAGUAAUUAUGUUAGUCAGCACAGAUGCAUGAACCACGUUGAUAAAAUAAAGCAGCAUGUUGAGCUUUUCUUUCUGAGUUAGAAAGCCUGAGACAGUCACAAUUAGGAGCAGUUUCCUUUGGUACUAGGAUGGCAUGAAGUUCAUGACCCCUAGCAGCUCUUUGCUAUUCCUGUGAGGAAUUGUAAUUGAGCAUUGUAAUAAUCUGCAUGUUACACGUCAGCCUUUCCUUCUUAAGAUUCAGCUGCUGUAUUGGGUAAGUUAGAUUGCUUUCCAGACUAGGUACAGGGAUGUGGCCUGAUCCAGAACAGAUUCUUGCAUGCUCUGAUGGUAAGCUCUUGGUUCCUUCCAUAGAGUUUCUCUCUUCAGCCACACUCCAGUGCUGACUCAGUCCUAUGACAUUAAAAUCUUCAAUGGUUAUGAUGCUGUGGAGAUAAAUUGUAUUUUCUGGGUUUUUCCUUUUUAAAACUGACUCUAUUAGACUGACCAUACAAAUAAAGAACUGAAAUUUUAUCUCAGCUUCUUCCCCCUUGUUGCAGGGAUUAAUAUUGACUGUUAAAAAAUAAAUAGGAAGGCAGGAAAUGAAAGGAUCUAUUUCAGAGCUGUGUUUUACUCCGGAGUACCUGCAGGUUUUUAUCACUGACCCAGUGAUCCUACCUGGAUCACUUUUUUAUAACACAUAUAAGUUAAGGGGACACCAAAUUUAUCCUUUUCAGCUGCAUUUAAAGAUGAUUUUAUCAUAAUUUCUAAAUUCAGCCUUUGGGAAGGGGUUGGAGAGAAGAAGAGGUAAUAGAGUAUGGAGGAAAGGGUGACAUCAGAACCUCUGGAUGCAGUGAAGAAAAUGAAUGCCACAAAUGAAGAUGUGUAGAAGAAUUGAUGUGUUCUCAAAGUUCAUGAUAACCUAAUCACAUACCACAAUGACAGUAGUUUCAGAAUGUAUGUGCAGCCAUAUAGAAUGUUUCUCUGUGUGUAUAUGCACAUAGGUAAAUGAUACAUGCUUUUCUGUUUAUUGCUAUACAUAUGUACUCAUGUAUUUUUACCCUUGAGAUGGUAACUCCAAGCUGUCACCCUCUCUGAUAUCUUUGUUCAAGGGUAUGCAUGCUGCUUUGUGCCUUUUAUGUGUAUGUGAGAAAAAUGUUCUCUGAUCUCACAUUUAGAAUUAAAAUAUUUCAACUUAGUAAUUCA